CGAGGGGGGAAGCGUGGGCGGUGCAUGCACAUGGAAGGCUGGUCGAGCUUCUUCUCCGAUCGAGCGAGCGACGAAAGGGGCUGGCGUUCUAGUCGAGCGAUGACGCCGUGAGAAGGCCGGACAGCAUGCUGCAGUGAGGUAUGGACAGCGAACGGAGGUUCGCGGGAGGGGGUGGGAGAGGUGAGGUGAGAUGCGGUGUAUGUUGGUGUAAGUGCAAGUGUGCGUGGGUUUGUUUCGAGGCUGUCGUUCAGCAGUCAGAAACUCAGCAUGCAGCACGCAGCACUCAGCACACACAGCACACCGCAGCAGUACAAGUAAAGUACCUAGGUAGGUAUCUAACAGCCAGCACCAAGCGGACAGGGCCAGCCAGAGAGCAGGAGUCAGCCCGCAAACCAGGCGCCAUCAUCCAGCAGAUGCAGCAUGAUGGGACUGGGGGUGGUCAGGAUCAGGGUUCAGGGCCUGGGACCUGUUCCGUUCCGUUCUGUUCUGUUGUGUCUGGUUCUGGCUUGGAGGGAGGUCGCGCCACUGAAUGGCCCAGGGGGGUUCAAGUUUCUGAGGCCCCUGAAGAGCUAACGGGGGUGCUUGAGUCGCUUGAACGGGCGUGUGGACUGGGGAGGGGAGGGAGGCUUGAACGGGGGGCUUGAAGGAGAAAGAAAAAGAGAGGACAAGUGAGGAGAAGGGGGGGUGAAUUGAUCAUAGAAUGGAGGGAGCUGGGAGUGUUUGGACUGGGAUGAGAUGAGAU